AUGACCAAAAUCCUCCUCACCGGAGCCACCGGCUACAUCGGCGGCACCGUCCUCGACCACCUCGUCAAGAGCCCAGCAACAAGCAUCAAAGACUUAACCAUCGAUCUCCUCGUGCGAAGCAAUACCGCUGCCGAGAAGCUCAGCCGUACCUAUGGAGAUCGUGUCAAGCCGAUUCUCUGGACAGGAUUCACCGACCUGCAAUUCGCCGCCGACACAGCCGCCGACUACGACAUCAUCAUCAACGCCGGAACGGGGUUUAUCGCAGACGGCACAAAAGCGCUCAUCGACGGCCUCGCCCGGCGGAUCAGACCAGGCACGCCAGUCCCAUGGCUUAUACAGAUCUCCGGGUGCACGAAUCUCUCAGACCGUCCAUUGACGCAGACGGCCUACCCGGACAGAGAAUGGGACGACGCGGACGGCAACGCCAUCUACGAGUUCCUUAGGAGCGAGGACGUCCGUGAUCCGUACUCCCAGAGAACAACGGAGGUGGGCGUACUCGUCGCCGCUGAAGAGACAGGCGUGCAGGCUGUCAGUGUAAACGCGCCGUGCAUCUUCGGGAUGGGUCGCGGGCUUUUCAACACCCAGGGCCUCGUCCACAUAGUCACCAUGCGCUAUGUCCUCCGCCACGGACAUGGGUUUAAGUUGAACGACACGGCUAACUUUGACUGGGUGCAUGUGGAGGAUCUGGCUGAUGUCUUUGUCCUUCUAGUCCGUGCUAUUCUUGAGCGGGGGGACCGGGGUGUCGGAUAUAUUCCCAGUGGGAAGAAUGGGGUUGUUUUCCCUGCGGUUAAGCGUGUCCUUGUGACUCAGAUUAUGCAGGAGUGUCUGGACACUGCCUUUGGGGCGGGUGCUCUGCCUCGUGAGGGUACGCCCAAGGAAAAGGAGAUCCGCUUGGUGGGGCUUCAAGAGGUCGCCGAUGAGCUCAUGGCGGGGCUUUUGGGUGUCACUGAGCGAGCAUUUGCAGGCCAUAAGAAGAUGAAGGGUACCGUGGCCAAUAGGUUGCUCGGUUGGAGCCCGACGAGACUGGAAGAGGCCUGGAGGCAGGAGUAUGUAGAUGCGCUUGAGUUGCUGCAGAGUGGGAACGGGCUGGAUACUCUAGAGGCCUGUGUAGGCAAGUAA